UUAAGCUAUAAUAAUGUUAGAAAUAUAGAGAGGAACACAUGGGCGGUGAUGGGCAAAGGAAGAGUCAUAAGGUGGCGAGGUGGUGAGCACGCGGAGCACGAGUGCGCUCAGUGAUUCAAAUCCAAAUCUUAGGCCACAACCCACAAACAAAUGAAUGGCACGCCAUCCCACAAUUAAUGUUUACUCUAAUCAUCACUCAAUCUCAAAGUCUCAAUCACACACACUUCCAUCAUCUUCAACACUCUGUUCAACCUCCAUUCAGGACUUCAUCUUCAUCUUCAUGGAGAGAAGAAAACAAAGAGUUUGUUCACUGGUUUUCAUGGUUUUACUCAUAAUAAUCCCUUGUCUUUGUCUUCUGAUUCUACUCAGUUUAAGCCUUCCAGAAAUAGCACCAGAAGAGAAGAGCAUCAAUGGUUUAUACAGGAAAGUGAUGGCUGGAACUGGGAGGAAGAGAGCAGUAAGUAGUGAAGUGAGUUUGGGCAUGUUGGGAGAGAUGAUGGUUUCUAUGUUGCCCAGUGAUCUUGCUUUCACUGUGUUUGUCCCAUCAGAAGCAGCCUUGGAGAGUAUUCUCAAACUCAGAACUAGUGAAAGUUUAACCAAAGAGAAGAUCAACAACACUUAUGCUCUUCUUUCGAGAGUCAUGGCUUUCUCUGCUGUUCCUCAACACUUGCCCUCUGCUUCUUUGCCUUUCAAUGGAGAAAUCUCAUUUGAUUCAGUGUCUGGGUUUAGACUUCAUGUUUGGAGAUCUCUUGAUAAGACUCUGCUUGUUAACAAUGUCAAUUCUGAAAGAGUGGAUCUCAGUAAGGAUGAGAUCAUUGUACAUGUUAUUUCUGGUGUUCUCAUGGAUGUUGAGUUUGAGCAAUCAUUAGAAUGAAUGAAUGAAUGAACAGACUCACAA